GAGAGAGAGGGGGGGUGGGGAGAGAGACAGAGACAGAGAGAGACAGAGAGAGAGAGAGAGAGGGAUAGAGAGGGAUAGAGAGGGAGAGUAUGCAACUUUCCGUUUCCAGGCAUCGCCGUGUCUCCUCCGGCUCAGCAGCCUGGUUAAAGAGAAGCAUUUGUCAGUUAUGGUUGAUCAGCGUUUCUUUCAUCCUCUCAAGUGCAUUAGAGACGGACGAGGGACGACGCUCUCCGUGAAUAGAUCCCGUGUCCUGUUCUCGUUUUGACGGAUUAAAAAAAAAAAGAAAAGAAGAAAGAAGAUGCGCUGAAAGACCUAACGAGCGCCCAUCUCCAUCGAUGUGCGUGAGAUGACAUUGAGGACACCUUAGCGGGACCGUGGGCCGGGGACAAUCCAUUGCAGGAAAAUGCAUCUUUGGAUUUCAUGUGUUUUGCUGAGUGCAGCGUCGGUGGGCACCGCUGAGAUGUUUGGCGGCUAUGGGGAAAUAUGUCAACGACUGUGUGCCUGCGAGGAGCGAGAGGGGAUACUUACAGUGAGCUGUGAAAACAGAGGAAUUGCGAGCCUCUCAGACAUAAGCCCAGUGUACUUCCCCCCGUAUCAUCUGCUGCUUACAGGCAAUCUUUUGAAAAAGCUGUCAGCCGAUGAUUUUGUUGAGUGCAAAGGACUCACAAUACUGCAUCUGGGAAAUAAUGACAUAUCGGAGGUUGAAGCAGGAGCUUUCAAUGGACUUCAGGGAUUAAGGCGCUUACAUCUCAACAACAACAAAAUUGAUGCCUUGAAGGAGGAGUUUUUCUUUGGCCUUGAGAGUCUGGAAUAUCUGCAACUUGAUUAUAAUUAUAUCACUCACGUGGCACCAAAUGCCUUCAGCAGGCUUCGGCAUCUGGAGGUCCUGAUUCUGAAUGACAACUUAAUAUCAACGCUGCCUGUGAACAUUUUCCAGCAUGUACCAUUGACUCAUUUGGACUUAAGGGGGAACCAGCUCAAAGUACUUCCGUACUCAGGUCUGCUGGAGCACAUGAACAGUGUUGUGGAGUUACAGCUGGAGGAGAACCCGUGGAACUGUUCCUGUGAGCUGAUUGCUCUCAAAACCUGGCUGGAGAGCAUAUCGUACACGGCGUUAGUCGGCGAUGUUGUUUGCGAGUUCCCUUUUCGGCUUCAUGGGAGAGAUGUUGAUGAGGUCUCAAAACAGGAGUUAUGCCCGAGGAGGGCCAUCGCUGAAUAUGAGAUGCCACCCCUGCCACAUUUGAGCAGUGAUGCAUACUUCAGGACCACGCCAACUCUACUUACGGCUUCCUUCACUUCAUCUGGGAUUGCACGGUCCUCAUCAAGGCCCACCAAGGCACCUAGGCAAUCUGGCAAAUUAAAAUCAAGACCCACUGCCCGCAUUUCAUCUAAUAAGCCACAAAAUUAUGGGCAAAUAAUUUCAUAUCAGACCAAAUCCCCCGUGCCUUUAGAUUGCCCGUCUGCCUGCACCUGCAACCUUCAAAUUUCAGACCUCGGCCUGAAUGUGAACUGCCAGGAGCGAAAGAUUGAGCAUAUAUCUGACUUAAAUCCCAAACCUUACAAUCCCAAAAAGAUGUAUCUCACAGGGAAUUACAUCCCUGUCGUGCGUCGAUCAGAUUUUAUUGAGGCAACUGGACUAGAUUUGCUUCACCUUGGUAACAAUCGAAUAGCUCGCAUACAUGACAGAGCGUUUGGUGAUUUGACACAUCUAAGAAGACUUUACCUCAAUGGGAAUUUGAUAGACCAUCUCACAGCUGAUAUGUUUUAUGGGUUGGAAAGUCUACAGUUCUUAUAUUUAGAAUACAAUGUCAUUAAAGAGGUUGCUCCUGACACCUUUCAGCAUGUAGCCAAACUCCAGCUUCUUUUUCUGAGCAAUAACCUCCUGAAAACUUUACCGGUGGGAACAUUUAAUGGCCUGACACUAGCCAGACUAAACCUUCGCAGCAACCACCUGCGAUAUCUGCCAGCCCGCGGUGUACUUGAUCAGCUUACAUCACUGGUGCAAGUCGAUUUGUAUGAGAAUCCCUGGGAUUGCUCUUGUACCAUAUUGGAGUUGAAGAUGUGGCUGGAGCAGCUUAGCACAGGCACAGUUGUCAACAAUGUCAUCUGUGGCUCACCUAAGAGACUAGCUGGGGAGGAUAUGAGAUACAUUAAGACAUCUAAUUUCUGCCCUAAUAACUCUGAUGUACUUGCCUCCAUGAUCCCGCCCUCUGAAGAAUCUUUCCCUGGCAGCACUAUCACCAUAGAAACAUCCUUGGACUCGGACGCACAGUACAGUGCCAUUCCUUUAUCUGUGAUGAUUCUUGUCCUUCUCCUCAUGUUCAUCGUGUCUGUUUUUGUGGCGGCAGGGUUGUUCGUGGUAAUGAAAAAGAGACAUCAGAAGAAUCAAAAUGAGCAGAACCACUCCAUGAAUGCUUGCAUCAGCUCACUCAACAUGGAAUAUGGCCUCUACAAAAAGGGAGCCAUUCCGAAAGUGAGAACAUCGGCUGGACACGUAUACGAGUAUAUCCCACCUCCCGCAGAAUCCACGUGCAGAACUGCGGCUCACACCCCGACGGACAGCAAAUCAGUGGAUGGAUUUAAAGACUUUGAUGAGUUGAGCGGCGCUUUUCUGGGUAACUCAGACGAAGAGGCAGUCAGUAAUGUAAUAAGCUCAGAAUACAGUGCCAAUACUCCAGAGCCUCUUAACAAGCCCUCCACCCCUCACCAAGAUGAUCCAUGUUACUACAGAGAUGCUCUUCAGCCUGACAAGAGCACGCGCUACAGCAAUACGCUACCAUGCAGGCACACGGCGCGUUCAUCGAAUCAGUAUACCUCAGACUUUGAUGCAAGGCAACAGUACAUGCACCCAGAUAGAAUACAACAGACAAUACUCUAUUGUGCAGCACCAAGUACUGUUUAUGUGGAGCCCAACAGGAGCGAGUACUGGGAACUUAAAGCAAAGCUUCAUAUUGAUCCUGAUUACCUUGAGGUUCUUGAAAAACGAACCACAUUUACACAGUUUUAAAGACUUAACCCGAAGACGGUCAUAGUGGACGCAUUGGUGCAAUGGAUCCAUUUUAAUCAGCAAGCGAACCAUGUCAUGCUUUGCAGAACUGAAUUUUAAAGGGGAACACUACAAAUAACUUUAUAUCAGUACUUUAUACCUUAGGUGGUUGGUUAAGAUUUGUAAACAUGAAUAAAAGGCCACAAUUCCAAGACUUUCAUGACGCAAUCCAUCAUAAAAUACAUCCUGGAGCUGUUUGAUUGACAUAAUGUGAGACUGAGCUUUUACCAAUAAAAUUAGCUGCAUUUCAAAAGUGUCAAUUACCGUGCAGACGAUAUGUUCUUUUCUCAGAAUAAACCAGAUUUUUGUGACAGACAAAUACAUGACUCAAAGCUGUUUUGUUUUUUUCUUAAAAUUCUUUAAGUUGAAACUCAAACAUGGGACAAAAUCAAAUUAAUUCUGCAAGCAAAUUUAUCUGUGACCCGAGUGUAGGUGUAGACAAAAGUCCCACAGCCCACGCAUCUGUGAAGAUACAUUGUGCUCCAGUUAAAUGUGAAGUCAUUUAGAGGUGUAUAUAUUCCUCUGGGAUGCACAGCUCUGGGAUCAUAAUAUUAGACCAUGAGAUCAUAAAACAAAUUAUAAUGUACUAUCUCAAAUCACAGAUUAUGAGGCCAGUAAAUCUCUGGGUAAGGAAAUAAUUAAUGUAUCCUAAAAAUAAACUGAACCAGCCUACUGCAUAUACUGCAGGGUAAUCUGGGAAAAUCAGCGGUGUUCCCCAAAAGCCUUCCUAUCUCUACAACAACUGCACUUUUUGGAUUAUAAACACAUGUUGUAUUGGUUUGAAUGUAAGUAUUGUAACUUCUCAGAGAUGUUGAAACUGAAAACAAUUAUAAUCACAACUGUAUUUGUAAACAGAAAGAAAUUUAGCUUUAACUGUUGGUGUGUACCAUAUGCCACCGAUGUGUACAAAUGCAUUUUCCUGGCAUUUUACAUAAACAUACAGCUUGAAAACACACUUCAUGUUCAUAAUUGAUGAACUAUAAUGAGGUAUUUUUUCGUUCGUACAAUAUCAAAGCACUUCAGAAAUCAGAUGAUAAUAUAUGCGAACUUUGACCCCCACAAGGAUAUUACGUCUGAAUACAUCUCCAAUUAUCCUCCAGUUGCAAUACGUCUGAGUAGAUUUACAAUAAAUACAAGUCAAAUACAUCUCCGUAUUCCUCUUGUUUGAAUUUCAGCUGAAAAACGUUUAAAAUUUCAUGUGGGCCUCAGGCCCAUAUAUACAUAUUUUAAAUGACUGCAUAUUUUUAUACAAACAAAUGUGGAUAUUGAGCUUUUUUUGAUUGUCCUUUCUUUUUCUUUUUUAAUUUAGAAAGAAAAAUGCACUAUUGACUUCGAAAGGUCAACAAUGAUGUCACUUUCUGAAAUGCACAAGAUGGUGUCACGUGCAUAUAGCCAUAGAAGUAGGUUUGAUAACUCCAUACACAUGUUGAAAACGUUGCACUAUGCAUUGAUAUAGAUUAUACUUAGACAAUCUGUACAAAAUACCCACGACUCCUGAUUUUCUAAAACUUUAUAUGCUUCAUGUAUUCAUGGGAUCGCAGUGUAGAUUUGUACAUAUUGCAUUACAAUGAAAAACACUGCGUCAUUAUGCGACAUUGUUUGUCUCUUCUUACUUUGUGUUGGAUGGUCUGAAAUCUGGCAAUUUGACUUUGCCUCUGUUUCUCUCUUUUUUAGGAGGGAUUGAUAGGUACUGUUACACAUGUGUGGAGGGGUGCAAACGCUUUAGCUAUUAGAUUGAAAAGCACAACUGGUGAAAGCAGCAGCUGAAUGAAAUGAGCCAUAUUUGUGCAUGGAAAUGUUCAGUGCUCUAAAAAGAAAAUAAAGCACAUCAUCCAGUCUUAAUGCAGUCUAACCAUUUUCUGGGUCAAUAGUGUAAGCCAAGAUAUGAGACUUUCCCGAGGAGUUUAAAAUUCACAUCAUAUGCAGUAUUAUGCACUGAGCCUGUCAUCUUAACUCAGCUAAUUAGAGGACGUGGUGUAUCUGGACCCUGUCAGCAUGUCACCAAGUGUUACACUGCAGCGUUAGUCAUGGUGUUUAUCAAGGAUACAGUCUUGGUUUGUUCCCUUUCACAUUUCCAGAGUAAUUUUGUGAUUAUUUUGUCACUUGACCCGUCGCUUGCUCAUUGGAAAUUUCUCAGAACAAACGAAAUGAAAUCUACACAGUAAAGCAUGAUGUAAACCUGCACAGGUUUGUACAAUGAAACGUGUUGCGUGUCAGAUUAUUUUAUAUCAAUAUGUUGCUGUGAAGUUUGUGGUGAAAACACUGUAAACCUGCAAACAUGCACAGACGGAUACACACAAAUUGUUUUUAUUGUGAUCAGUGGCUGGCAUGUAGUUACUAGUUUCAGUAUCACAUUUGAUCAUUGUCAUUUUUUCUAAAUGUCUGGUACAUUUCAAACAACCAAACUAAUGCAACAGAUGAGUAAAUAACAAAUCAAUGCAGGGCGAAUAAUCUAAUUUGCCUCUGCAUUUAGAGGAAAAUCCCUCUGAGAUAAUUGUUAAUGUUUUAUUUGUAAGAAUCUUGACAAGCCAACUGUGCAAUGGAAACAAUAUGUACUGUAUAUAUAAGCAAUUUGUAAUGCUAUCUUUUCUCUUCCUUCUUUUUGUAAUUGAUAACCAAAUGCAGAUAGCGUGAAUACUGAUAAUCCAAAAACAUGUGAAACUGAAAUUUGACUGUCCUGGGUAUAUGUGCAAAUGUUCCAUUUGCAAAGUAGAAGAGGUCCAGUCAGUGGCUUAUAUCCUAUUCCAGUUAUUAUAUUUCUUUUGUUUGUUGUUUUUCUUAUGAAACAGUGAUUUUCUAUGUCAACCUUUUAUUUGUAAAUAGAACACUUCAUCAGCAUUUCCAUGCAAACCUUGCAUCAGCUCUGAAAAGCAAAAACCUGCUCUCAUACUGCAAAAAAAAACACGGUCCAACUAGGAAUAUGUGGGGUAAAUAUAUCUAUGGUGUGCUGUUUCUUUAGUUGUUAGUUGAUGAAUAAAAGAUAUGCAUUCAUUUCAUUA